UGCAGCAGCGCGAUCGGUUAGGCAGAACAGUGUCAUGGCGCGACAACGAUGACCGGGAGUGUGUUCCUCGUCGACGAAUCCAGUACGAAGGCCAGUAUGUUGGGCGGAUUUCGCUGCAACAGUGCUUUCGUGACAAUAAUCCUGCUCAAUGUUAUCGUCUUCCAAAGCAUCGUAUAUUAUCAGGAACACAGAAAAUGGCAGGAGAUCAGGUCCAAGCUGGAGCCGGUGAUAGAGGAUCUGCGGGACAUGCAGGGGCUGACGGACAGCUUGCUGAAGAGGCUGGAGGCGACCGGCCUCUUCAUCGAGAACGUCCGCGGACGGAACGACGGUAGCCGGCCGAUGAUCUACGCGAUCACGCCCACAUUCGCCAGGCCGGUGCAGAAGGCCGAGCUCACCCGUUUGGCGCAGACAUUCCUCCACGUGCCCAACUUCCACUGGAUCGUCGUGGAAGACGCGCCGCAGAAGACCGCCCUGGUCACCCGGUUCCUGGAGACCAGUGGCCUAAUCUACACUCAUCUGUCCGCGGCGACCCCGCCAAAUUACAAGCUCGGCAGGAACGAUCCGAACUGGAAGAAGCCGCGCGGGGUCGAGCAACGGAACGCGGCGCUAAGGUGGCUCAGGGAAAAUCUCAAGACGUCCAACAAAGGCGUCGUCUACUUUGCCGACGAUGACAAUACUUACUCUGUCAAACUCUUCCGUGAGAUGGAGAAAAUACAAAGAGUCGGUGUUUGGCCGGUCGGUCUGGUCGGCGGUCUAAUGGUAGAGAAGCCUAUUUGCAACAACGCCACUAAUAAAGUGAUCGGUUUUAAUGCGGCGUGGAAACCGGACCGGCCGUUUCCGCUUGACAUGGCAGCCUUUGCCAUUAAUCUCGAGUUAUUACUCGAGCACAAGGACGCUUGGUUCUCGUACGACGUGCAAGGUGGCUACCAGGAGAGCGAGAUACUUAGGCAAAUCGUCACGAAGGAUCAAUUGGAGCCACUGGCGGACUGUUGCACGAAGGUGUACGUGUGGCAUACCCGAACGGAACCGCCGUUACUGAACGUUGAAAACAUAUUGAUUAAGAAAGGUAAGCGUUCCAAUGCCGGCAUUGAGGUAUAAACACAGAAGAGAAGGUUGUGCUCGUCCACAUGCAACGCUGGCGUGCUCUCUUUUAUUUCCUUGGAAAUCGGUGAUCUAAUUUUAUAUUAUAAAUUUGUUGAUAUUGAUAUUUUUUAAGCAUAGAAAAGAUAUAGGGCCAACGAAGGGUAUAGACGCUCUUUUCAUCGCGUCUUGCAUAUGUAUACACAUAUAGAAUAAUACAUUGCCAUUCUGUAUAGCUGCUUGUAGUUGCAGAUGUAGUAGCGAUGAUAAAGAACAAAUAUUAUCGAAUAAUUCUAGUGAAUUAUUUUUCUUUGAAUCUCGAAGAAUUAUGUGAUAUUGCGAUGUGCUUUGGACUAUUAAUUCGCAUGUGCCACGUUUCGUCGUAACGAAUCAAUGAUCUUUCGCUAUCCUUAUGACAACCAGAACGAGUUCUAUCUUGUUAUAUCGCGUCUUUACCCAUUUUUAUAAACAAAAUAAAAAGUUGUAUCUAA